AUGAAAGAACGCGAAAUAGCCCGGAGAGAAAAGCAUAAAUAUUGAGAUAAGAAGCAAGAAAACACAAAGUCAACAAGCGCAACAGGUAGACCACUAUGCACACAUGCACCUACACACAAUCACAUAAAACAACAACACAUACAAGUGCGAAGAAAUGAGCUGUGGCGGCUGACGCGGCCCUUCGUGCGCUGCGGAGCGCCAAGCGAGUUACUUGCCAACCUGUUGAGCGCAACGCUCGCAGCAAAAGUCUACAAACUCUCCACACAUACUUAUUGGCUAUAACUCGUUUGCUGCGGCAACUUAGCGCUGAGAAAUCACAACGUUAGCCGCUAAGAUCAGUUAAUAAACGGGGUUCAAAGCGAACGUAUCGACUUUUAGUGGAGUUACGGUAAUAUUACCGAGGCGCGGUGUGGUGUGCAUAGGAAGGGUGUGCGCUUAGGCCAAUAAUAUAUUGGGCAAAUAGUGGAGAAAGAAGCCUAAGUGGCAGUAAUAAAAGUAAAAAUAAGCAAAAGAAAAAAAAAUAGAAAAGAAAUAUAAUAUAAAUAAGAAAUAAAAAUAGUAAGAAAUUCAAAGUAGAGCGAAACAUGCAAAGUGCAGUUUCAAAGAAAGCUAGAAGUGUCAGCAAUUUAAUAAAGAUCUGCUAAGCGCGACGCUGGUAUAUAAAAAUACAAAUGCAAUUUUAUUUAUGCGGUGCGAGCAAAUAUUAAAAAUAAUUUUUGAAACACAAAUAUUUUACGAUUAUAGAAAAAUAUGUACAUAUACAUAUACAUAUAACGAACAAACAAGCUUAGUGGCAAACGACGACGAAAAAUGUAAAAAUAAAACAAACCACAAAGAAGAAAAGCGCACAAAAAUUCUAGUAACUUGCGCAACGAAUAAAUAUUUAUAAAGUUACUUAGCGAAAGUGGCAAAAAGUAGUGCAAAAAUCGUGAAGAAAUAAACAAAUACAACAGUAGCGCAAAAAGCUGUUAAGACAAACGUUAAAUAUAAUUUGUGAAUACAGGCAGAUAAAUAAAGGAAUCUCAUAAAUCAGCGCAUAAAGAACGACAAAGCGACAAAGCUAAGUGAUAACGAGACGAAAAGCAAUAGAACGAGUCGAAAAUACGCAAAUACACACAUAUACAUUCAGAGCGAGGAAUAGCAAGGAGUGAAAAUUAGUGUGAAAAGUGCUUGACGAUUUAGACGCAGCACCGCUAAUUGAAAAUAUUCAUAAUAUUGAAUUAGGGAAUUGCAAGCAACCACUUCCACUGGUGGUGAGUGGAUUAAGGAUUAUACACGCGGUUCGAGUGGCGCUGUCGAUCACUUGCCGACAACGGAUGUGCUGCGACGAAGUAUACGACGCUCCUGGACGAUAUCAAACCCCGAAGACGAUUCGAAUAAUCAAAAUCCACAAAAUCCCGUCGGCGACAAUCUUUAUCCACAACAAAAGAACCUAAUCGAAUCACAAUCCGCUGGCAGUUACCCCUCACUCAUACGCCAAACCUCACAACAAAGGCCACACCCUGCCCCCUAUCAGAGUGGGAGCGCAAUCGGUAUUAGCGGCGUGGGUACCACACAUCCACAUCCUACAACCGAGUAUUUGGUGAAUUCACAACGUCGCGUCCUACGCCAAUCGACACUACCGAGCUCUCUGGCCAAUAACGAUCCCAAUCUGAGUGGUAGCGGUGCCAAUUUGGCCAAUUAUAAUUACGUGAAUCUUACGGCGCCCACAUCGCCGCAUCAAAUGCAAAAAAGUCCGAUUUAUCCGAGCGCUUACAACAGUGAUGACGUCAUUCACAUGAGCGCAGCUGAAUGUGAUAAUUAUCCACAUCAAAUGCAACAACAACAACCUAUGAACAUACAGCCGCAACCGCAGCAACAACAGCCGCAGAGUGUUAUUAAUCCCCAAACGCAUCAUCGCCUACAGGUGCGCAGACAAUCAACCCUCCCGGCUAAUCCCUGCCAACCGCCCAUGUAUCUGUCGACAUCACCAAAUCGCUCGUACAGUCGCUCACCAGAGCGUUCACCGGGCGAGCAACGUUAUCCGCCAUUCAUGCGUCAAACCUCCAUCCCGUGCAAUAUGUCGGAUCCACCUACGCAACAGCAGCAGCAAAGCCAUCUUAAUUUAGGCACUACGCCGCUGAACCAACCUUACCCCCGGAAAUUGCUGCCCACAUCGCCCAACUAUCAAGGAUCGAUCAUCUAUCAACAACAACCCACGCAGCAGCAGCAGACGCCACCACAGCAGACAUGCCAAUCAAACUAUGACCCACAAGCGAGCCAAACGCAACCAACGGAUGAGUGCGACUACACACAAGUUGUACCGAAACCACGUAUGUUGCGUCAAGCUACAUUACCCAAUCCCGAUCAACAUGUCAAGCUGCUACCCACCUCGCCACCAAAGCGUCAAACUUCGCCACAAUAUCGUCGUUCGCCGGAGUUUAUGCGCCAACAGACCCUACCGAAUCCGGAAGCUUUCAGCGGAAACUCGCUCUCGGUGCCACCAGGACAGUCACAAGCUAAAUUCAUACCGCUCUCACCGCGUCACAAGCAAAACUUUCUCUUUCCCAAUGUGCAGAAUCCGCGACAAUUCUUAUCGCAGCAACAUGUGCCCGCCGUUGGCGCGGGUAGCGGUGAAGUGACCACCACCACCAAUACAGCUGGUGAGCAGUACUCGAGCAGUCAAAGCGUCAAUAUACAGUCACGUGAUCAUGCCAAAAUGAUUAAGGUGCGCAGUCACAGCAACGAGGAGUACUCGAUAACCAAGCCGCACCACGCGGAGAAUCGGCGUUUACUGCCGGAGAUACCCACAAAUCGCGCGGCCAGUCGCUCACCUAGUCGCUUGGUGCGUCAAGAUUGUGUUAAAGAUGAACGUAGCAAUGCGCCUGACUCAAAUGCACGCACAUUUGGCGACGCCAAGCACCAGUUCAACCAAUUCCAAAAUCUCGCUGAAGAUGCGGACAAUCGCCCCGAAUAUAUGGACUAUUUUGGCGACAGCACCAGCAGCUUCUUGGAGGCAGAUGAGGUGCAAUACGAGAAUAAUUACAAUGCGGGCUUCAGCAGCGAACCGCGUAUCAUCUAUAAUGAUGGUUCCGACGAUGGCAGCUACACACAAUACCAACACCCCAUAGUACACAGCGCUGAGAAUGUACGCACACAUGAUCAAAGCUAUAGCUACUAUGGACCAGAUGGCGGUUUGAGUGGUCAACCUUUGACUACCGGUCUGAGCGCCAGCGGUGGUGCAUUACCACGCACACCGCAAAUGCACAACAGACUACGGCGACGACAAUCGCGUGAAUUGCAAAUGCAACAGGAAGAGCUUGCACAUCUGAAUCGACAAUCAGCUCCUGGUAUAGGUACAACAGAGCCCACCGCAAUGGGCGCUGCAAAUGGCAGUGGCAAAGCUGCGAAUGGCGAGGCACACGAAACACACGAAAGACGCAAACCCGAACAAAUGCGCUCGGUCUCGGAAGAUGGUGCCAAAACGUGUGCACAAAAACCAGUCACAAGACGAUCAUUGUCACAUCCCGAAAAGGAGACACAAGCAUCCAAAAAAGUUGAACCUACGAAAAUACCAAGCCCAAGACCCUUGGCUGAUAUUUUAGAUAAGACACGAACUAAUACGAAAAUCCCAACACCACGACGUCGCAAUAGUCGUGGCACAAAUGGUGCUGAUACUGAAGAAGGCACCAGCAAACCCUAUUCGAACGAAAGACGAAACUCCGAUUUAUCCCUCAAGUCAGCAACGGCGAGUAAAAAACAGGAUGACAAUGAACAAAAAACACAAUUUUCGCAAAUAAAAGAAAAUGGCAACAACAAAUCACCCGAACAACAAAAGGAAAUAAAUGAGAAUAGCAAAGCAGCAAAGGACAAUAACAACACCAACAACCAAACAAAAACUGCCGAAGAAACACAAGUAAAGAAAUCAACAAAUGACACGACAGAGAGCAAUAAAGGCGCCGCUAUAGAGGGCAAGGCGACAGUAUCCAAGCAACACACAACCACUCUGGGCGAACAAGAGAUCCAGAAUGCUGUUGAAGCGGCCGCCGUCAUCUUCAAGAAAGUCGUACUACAGCGUCGGCAGGAGAAGAAGGCAGCUGAGGAGGAUGUUUACGACAUGGAAACCUCUUCGGAAUUGGAAUUAAAAUCGAUAACAUUCAAUCACCAACACUACAAUGUGGAUGCUGAAGAAUUUAAACUCGUCUUCAUUAAUUCCUCCGACUCAUCGUCUUCCGGCAAGGAUGAGGAGUUCGAGGAUAGCAGUUCCACCACUUCAUCCACACACAAUUACAGCAGCAUUACCAUAGACGAUUGUGAUUGGGAUUACUUUGAGCCAUCAAUGAUUUGCACCAGCGGUUCCAUAACUAAACAAAUCAUCUACUCACCAUGCGCCUCGCCGUUGGUCACGCGUCGCAACGCCAUAACGCGUGACUUCAAGUCUAGCGAGAGCACCGCCUCGCCCACCGAAUCGCCACUACUUUACCGCAAACCGCUUGUCUAUUGUCCGCGCAUACGCGAAAGUGACACCGGCACCGAUGAGGAGCUGCUCAUGCAAGGUGAAAGUUCUUCACAAACCAGCUCCGAUGGCUAUUUUGUGCGUGCACCAACCGCCGUCACGCCAAACGGCAAUGCGACUGGUCGUCAGCAUCAACAGCAGCAGCCGCAACAGCAACAUCAUCAGUUGAGCGUGAAGACACGCAUCAAAACGCGUUUUGUGGGCAAAGAAAGCAAGCAUCACCAUCAUCAUCAUCACUAUCGACAUCAUCAUCAUGCCACAGCCAAGCAAAUACAGGAGAGCUCAGCUACACCGCCACUAGGUGUCUGUAGCUGUGGCGGCGUUACACAAGUGCCGCUUGCUGCACCGCCGCAGCCACAACCGCAAUAUGUGCCCAUACCAGUGCCGGUGCCGAUACCAGUGCCCAUGGCCGCCUUUCACAGCUGGCACCCCAACGAACUGUUGAAGGGCGCAGCUAAUACGCAUGCCGCCAGCCAUUCAGACAUACUUAACAUUAUGGAUAAAGAUGAGCAAUUGCGCGCCUCUCUGCAGAAGCUCUGGUGCACAGCAGGUCCCGGUUUGGCACAGCAGACCGACGAAGCGGCCACCAAUUUACAAGCAGCCGCUGCAGCGGCAGUGGUGGCAGCCUAUUCGAAUGCGGCAACCUAUCAACAACUGAGCGCCGGCAAAUCUAGUGAACUAACUGUUGAUGAAGGUGGUGGCGGACCUUUGUUGGGUAUGCAGGCAAGACUCGCGCGCGCCGGUUUCAAGUCGUCGACGCCAGAACUGAGCGCCUCCAUGUACUCACAGGGUUCGUCAUCAGGGUAUGGCACAACUGCCACAGCUGGCAGUUUGGAAACAUUGACCAGCAGUGGUUUGGGUGAAUUUGGUAGUUUGAGCCGGUUUGCGGCAAACAGCCUACAGCAGCAGCAGCAGCAAACUAUUUACCAACAACAACAUAUAAAUAAUAACAACAACUUUGGCUCACAAACCACAAACAAUACUGCCACCAAUACACUAAUGGUGCAGCAACAGUCCACAGCUGUCAGUCAAGAAACCAACAAAACACAAAGUUAUACCAACACAAACAACGGCAACAACUACACCAGUAUUGAAACUAAAUGCGGCGAACAGUUGGCGUUUAGUUUGCGCGAACCACCAAUAUUAGUAGCAACAAAACCGUCGACGCGUUCGAGUCGUGUAUUCAGUGAGACGGAUCAACACGUUUUUGCUGAAGUGAACGCGUGUGAAACACUUGAAAAUGAAACGCCCACAUUUGUAGAUGGUCAGCGCACAACAAGAGCAACAACAACUCACUAUAGUGAUUAUAAAAAAGUACUGAGUCGAGCGCGAAAUACCGAUAAGCAGCAGCAGCUUUUACAACAAAAAAACGUUGAUAUCGAAGUUUCCGCGAACGCAUCAGUUGAUAAGCACAGCAACUUUGAGAGCACUGAGGACGCUGAGGGCAUAGAAGAGGAUAUAGCCGCCGCUGAAUGGCAGUUAUUAGCAAAUAGUUGCACAUCUACUAAUAACGCUAGUCAUCGUUUCCCAGAAAACAACAAACAACAACGGCAACAACAGCAAAGGUUAUCAUUAAAAACAGCUGAAAAAACUUUGGAGCCAAACGAGUUUGCGCAUUUGCAAGAAAAACUUGCAGGCGGACAGGUAGGCCGCGACGAAACAAACAGCGGCUAUGUUAAAACUUGUACUGCCAUACGCACAGCAAACAUAGUGCGCCAACAACAACAAUACAAGAACAACAGCAACAACAACAAUAAGAGCAAUAGCAAAAACCAUAAAAAUAAAACUAAUAUUAAUAGUGACACAGACAAAGAGUGGAGCAGCGCGCUUGUUGAAAAGGCGAAUGAGGCGUCGUCGUCAUCAUCGUCAUCGUCAUCGUCGUCGUCACGGAGUGACCAGAAUAUAAAACAAACAAAAAACAACGCGCUAGCCGCCAAACAAGUCGUAAAAGCAACAAAACCAACAUCAACCAUACCAAUUGCCUUGCAAAGAACAACAAAAGGUGUAGCAAGAAAAGACACAGGCGUUGAAGUAAAUUCGACAGCGCGACUAUCGGACGCAGCAUCAGCGCGAAGCCGAAGUCAGAGCAGCGAUCGCUUAGCAGAACAAGCAGCGGCGACGCCGUAUUGCUAUGACGACGACGAGCUAAGCGACGGUGUGCAAAGCUUAAGCACAAGUCCGGCGGCGCAAUGCUGUAGACACACGGUUGAAGUAGAAAAAGCGACAGCAGGCAAACAAAAUCAAUAUAAACUUAAGGUAGCCAACAACAAUAACGUAGCGGCAAGAACUCGUUUGGCGAACAGCGGGGACGCCAGCACUUAUAGUAAUUCCACCACCACCACGACUACCACUUGGACUAACCACAACACCACUGGUAGCAAAAAUAACACUGUGCGCAUAAGCGCUGACGACGGUGACACGGAGGAAAAGGUGGUUGUUUCGCGGAGCGGAAAUAGCGAUGUUGGUAAAGCGCACAGCGGCAGCGCGACAACUAACUAUGUGCAUGACGCCAACAGCGCCGUUGAAGACGUGAAAGGAAUUGAGCAAGGCGCUGCCAACAGCGCAGUUUGCAGCAAGCGUCAGCGCGUAGCUGAAACUAGUUAUUGUCUGAACACUAAAGCGGGCACUUGUAAGACUGCAGUGAAGGCGACCAGAACUACAACAGAACGAUCAGAACAGCUGCAGGAAAAUGUCGAAUUACUUUUGUUAAUACCACUAAAGGAAGAGGAAAAUCUUUUCGAAAACCAACAAGCAAUCUUCCAGCAAUACAGUAAUAUUUCAAAGAAACGCGGCAAACAAACGAAAUCCUAUAGCGCCAUGAUUUCGAUUGGUAAAUUGAAGAGCGAUGCCACAACGGCAGGCGGCUAUCUACAAAGCGAAAAUGUAUUCUCGUCUUCAGAUGCCGAAUCGGCAGAUAGUGGCGAUACAGACACAGAUUUGAGUGACAAUAACAAAAAGGAAUAUAAGUCAAAGAGUCACACCUCUACUGCCACAGCAGCUGCGUCCAGCGCGCGACGCUCUGUGCAGCGCAGUUAUGACAUCGCUAGUGUUGCGGGUAUCGAAGCGCUCAUUGUCAGUCAUUUGGACGAUGAUGAGGAUGGCGAUGUGUUGGCGACCAGCACCGCUGGUGAACCAUAUGCGCGCGUUAGACGCACACAUUCACGUAGUUCCGCCACUUCCACGAAAGAUCAGAAUACCAAUACGAGCAGUGAAAACACAACAACCAAUAGUUCGAGUUCUUCCGAGUCGAUCGACACUGAUGACACUGGCACUAUAGCCGAUAGACGACCCAAAAGCAAACAUUUCUCUAAAGUAUUCGUAGUGAAUCGUGUGCCACGGGCGCAACGACGACGUGGCGUUUCAACAUCUAGCGAAAAUGAUUCACAAUCAUCGGAUGCCAAUCUCGAAGACUCAUCCGACAAUGAUACAGACACAGAGCGCCCCGAUUGUGGUAUUGUCUUGAAUUCGGUGAAGGUCAUUAGUGAGGAGGAGGCGGGCGCAACGGCCAGCGGCUGGCAUAUGACGGAUGAAAGUGAGAGUGAUGAUACAAGCACAAGCGACAAUGAACGGAAUGCGCAUAAUGAUGCUGAGUAUCAAAGCGACAAUGAUGAUGAUGAUAAUGUUGCCGCUAAUAAUCGUAUGUGCAAUGCAGUUAAAAGUGAACGCGGACAUGCUGUUGGCAAAUAUGUGGCAACUUCGGCCGAUGAGAUUGCCAAUUGUAUUAUUGUCGUUGGCGGCGAAACCGAUAAUGAAGCAAACGGUAAUGGCGGUGUGGUGUUGCAUGCGAUGCGACUGUUGAACGACGAAGAGGCGGAACGGCAAGCGCUGAUUGAACGCGAACGUGAACGUGAACGUAAAAAGACCACGGCGGCGGCGUCGGGCAGUAGUAAUAGAGCGCGCGCUAUUGGUGGCACAGUUAGCAAGAAAGUGGCAAGUGAGACAGACAUGGCUAGCGCCAACGGCCACAAAUACAUAGGCAAAAACAAUGAAAGCAACAAAAACGCUGAAGAAAGCCACAUGCAAUGCAGAAAAUCAAGCGAUCGUAUAACGCAACAAUUAGAGCAAUUAACAACAGCGCACGCCGAUACAAACGAAAAAACAACAAAAAUAAAAGCAGAUCUUACAACAAUGGCAGCAAAAAAUCAAGUAGAAAUUAAAACAGAUUUAGAUAGCAAAACAGCUGUUGCAAUGCCAAAACAUGCCAUAACAAACACAAAUAAUGAAACAGAUGCGCCAACGAUUUCGUUUGAAUCCAGCGCAACUACAACAACAAACAAGUGCUUUGAAGGUACUAACGAAACACUGAUGCACGCUGAUGGCGCUGGCAGAAGCGCACCAACAACUGCACACGAUUGGGAAAUAGACACGCAAGAAGCCUGCGACGAAUUGCACAGCAUUUCGAACGACGUUAAUCGCUUAUUGACGCUGACAAAACAGAACUCCGAGCUCGAACUAAAAUUGCAAAAGUUACGACGCGGCGUACAAGAAAUCAACAAAGACCAUCUGUCUUUGGCCACUAAUGCUGAGGACGCACUAAGUAGCGCAACGCUGGUGGAUUACACAUCCGCUACUACAAUUACGUCGCAUAGCAUUUCAAAGUCUUCUUCGCCUACUACAGCGACGAUGACACCUGAGCGCGGCUUAAGCGAUGACGACAAUGGCGCGGCGGAGAACAAUACAGAAGCGCACAAAAGCGAUGACGCGCGCAAUAUUGUUGCUGGUUGCAAUGAUGACGCAACUAAUAGGGACGCGUACAGUGUUAGCGGCGACGAGGUGAGCGGUGCGCGACCACUGACAGCAGUUGGUUUUGCACGCGGCGACGAAACGCGAGCACAGCGCCAACAGCAUUACGAGUGCGAUAUGGUUGUGCAUGAAACUAAAAAUAGUUUGCAAACAGGUUGUGCUACUACAACAUAUACAGAAACAACUAGAACAACAGCAAACAACACAAAGAUUGCGACUACAACAAAGGGGGAAGCAAUUAUUGGUGGCAACGAAGUACUUGCAGCGAAUGUAAAUAUGUUGAGUGUAGACGAGGCGGUCAAAGUGGUGGGAAAGGCGAGCAGCAACAAAGCAAACAGCGUGCGCAACGAUAGCGCGGCACAGGAAUACGCCAAAGUGGUGAAAGAAAAUACAGAAAUAAAUCAAAAUGAAAAAGUGCUUGAGAAAAAACGAGCUGCAAAACAACAAAAUGCAGAAAAGGCAAUGAAGGCGGACCAAGGUGUUGAAUGUGAGCCGUACCGCUUGACUGCCUCUAAGGUUGGUGAAACAGGUAAAGAGCGCCAGACUUCCGAGAAGCACGCAUUUGAUUCUAUUGAAAAAGAAACACUGAAUGUGACUGAAAUGGAAGCAGAAGAACAAAAACAACAACAACAAAACGCUGACAAUACUACGGUGCCGAAAGACGAUAAUCGCAUUGUUGUUUGUGAUGAAAACAAAGAAGGCGAAGAUAAUAGCACACAAACGGCAAACUUAAAAGAAAAGCAAAACAAGAAAAUAUCAACAACUACCAAGCAGCUACAAAAGGCACUUCAAAGAGAUAAUAAAAUUGAAGAAGCGCAUGUAAAUGAGCCGCUGGACGACGGGGUGCUGCCGCCAAAUAAAAGGCCAACAACACUAAGCGCGAACGAGCUGCAAAAACAGAAAACAGGUACAGGUACGAGCCGAACAGCUGAGCAGUGUGCUAAUAUAGAAUACAAACACAAAGAAAACAUAGUAAAAGAUAAAGGUGAAGAAAAAGCAGUAGUAGAUGACGAAAGCGAAGAAGAGUACUUACAGCCACUCCAGCGACCAGCAUGGCUGGGAAGAUUCAGCGAAGCGUGCAAAACGACUAAUGAACUAGCGCCGCCGCAAUCGCUCUCCGGCUGCUUUAUGGACUCGCUAGAGCCAACGAGUAUGCCAGCAACUACAACUAAUAACAUAACAACAGCAACAACAAGCACCACAAGUGCACUUGCAGACACCGACGAGCAAAAGCAUAAAACACCUGAGCAAAUUGUUUACCGAGCUACACAAAUGCUGAACGACGGCGCGGCAGCACAGUCAACUGCAGCAGUGGCUUGGCAUCCAACACUGGAAGCGAAAGAGUGCGCGCAGGUAGCUGAAGAGAUAAGAUUGCAAAUUAUUGAAACGGCACAAGAGCGUCAGCGUGUUUGUGAGAGCGGGGUGAGUGACGCGCCAGACGAGAUAUCAACAUCAACAGCAAUAAUUCACAACUUUGAAGAGCACGAACAUGGAAAUGUCACUAAAUCCACCAACAACAACAACGCCGACAAUACCGUCAAUGAAGUGGCUAACAUCGUGUCGACGUGUUCGGACCGAGCGACAGCGGCCGUGGAAGUCAUACGCGCAGCGUCCGCUAGUGUUUUGGCCAACUCGUUGUGUUUAGUUGAAAAUGAAAUGUUAAACGCGAAAGACCGCAACGACGGUGACGGUGCUGGUGAUAGUGAGUUUGAUAAUAACGGUGUUGUUUUGUUAGAUUCUACACAAAGUGGCAGUGCAAUUUUACAAAUUCGCGACAAGCAAAGUGCACAAGCACAAAACGAAGAAAACGACAGCAAUCAAUGUGAAGAAGAUAAAUCGCUCGAAGCGGAGAUAGUGCAAAAUAAAUCAAAUAAUAAUAUCAACACAAAAGUUGGUAGUAAUAGUGUAAGCGCGUGUGUUUUAGGUGUGGAAAAGUGCGAAGCGGCGCAAAGUGCAAACGACGAAGACAACGAAAAUCAACAAAAAUCAGGCAUAAUUGAGAAUAAUAGCAACAACAGCAACAACGAUAAAAGUGUUACAAAAGCCAAUCAUAAAGUUAACGCCAAAGUGGUGGUAGUGAAAAGCCAAAUAAUAGAAAACGCUAACGAAAAAGGUUACGAGCGUGAGCGUGUACGUGAACGCGGUUACGACGGGCGCGCGGGUCAAGCAGAAAGCACAUACGACGACGACGAAUACGAGCGCGUAAACGUUUCAAAAGAACAGCAAAAGCAAGCGCCCAUUAUAACGUCAUCAAGCGCUCGAUUGGAAUACGCUGAACGCGACGUUGGAGCGGUAGAAACAACUGCAGGCGCAGGAGCUGUACACACCACAUACGCACCCUAUUUCAGUGUCAACAACGAAACCUUUAGUGGUAGCAAACAAUUCGAUAGUAUUUUUGGUGACGCGGCCGCACCCACUACGCGCACGAAAUUCAACGCCAAUUCUUCACCUACAGCCGCGAGUCCCUCUACUUCACUUUCGGCCAAAUAUCGCAGUUUAAUCAUGAUUACAAAAGACAACGGACAAAUCGGUAGCGACAAUGAACUGCUGGCCAACAGCAAUGCCAGCGUUGCAUUUGUAGACAAAGCGCAUGUGGGCAACAACAACAACACAGCAACCACUACUACAACAACAACAAUAACGACAAUAGAAUCUGCGGCUACACGCGUAAAACAAGCCAUACAAACACACAAGAAUCGACUUGGUGGUGUUGGUAUGGAUGACGCUGAUUGUGUUGGUAGCAGUGCGAAUGGUGGUAGCAUUAUACGUUUGAGUGGUUAUGAAGCGAACGCGCUGAACAGUAAUAGCAGUCAUGCAAAUCACGUUAGUAGUUCCCCCGCAGGUUCUACACAACAAAGAACAAGUUUCAGCGAUGUGCACAGCAUAGCCGCAAGAAACGCCAGCAGUACUAAUAACAAUAGAGUAGAUAGCGCUGAUGACUCACUGAAACCGCCUUCCUCCUCGUCCUCCUCCCUGCUGUAUGUGUCGUCGCCAGCUGUUCGCAAUACGAUUAACAACAACAACAAUAAUAGUAAGGUGACGUUGUCUUACGACAUGAACGCCAGUGAACAGGCACAUUUUCCCGUAAAUACUGUAGAUUUGCUACGCGAUCAGAAGAUUAUCUACGGUGAUUCGGAAGAGGAAGAUUUCGACAAUCUUUCGAAUGGCCGUGGCAGCGGUCGCAGCAGUAGAGCCGGUGAAGACGACGAUGCAGAUUUUCUAGAUAAUGAGGAUAACUCGAAAACGAAAGCUGUUUGCUUGGAAGAUGGUCUGGCGGACGAUGACUCGUGGGUAGAGGAAAUCAGUCAUCGUGGUGAUGAAGAUUUUGGUGAUGACACGACACCAACUGCAUCCGAUUCGGAGGAUUUAAGUGGCGAAGACACCGUUACGGCGAAUGGCAUGUUUAUCGAUCGCGAAGAGGAAUUGCGUGGCUAUCAUCGUUCUACUAUUGAUUUCACUUUACAUACGAUAGUGGAGGAGAGUUGUGAAGAAAGUGAAGUCGCCUCAUUGCGUGGCGCUGAAGAUUGCGGUGAGGAGUUGGAUGAGCUAGAGCGACGCAGACAACGUACCAUCAAUCAUCAUAAUCGCUUGUCGGCUUCCGAUUUGGAAAAGUAUUUCUUCUUCGAUCUGGGUGACGGCAAAGUGAUGAGCUCGAUUGACACGCGUGGCGACGACACAGCAUCUGAAGUGAGCAGUGAAUGCUCGGAAGGCCUAGAUUCGCUUGGUGUACCAGAAGAGAAUGCAAAUGAUAGUAAUAGCGCCGCAGAGCUCGCAUCAUCGCGUUUGGAGAAGUACUUUCUUUCUGGUUUUAUGGGUUUCAGCGCAAGCGAGAAAAAUGAAUCCGACGAAAGUGGUAGCGUGGGCAGUGAUAGUGAAGGACACCCUAGUCCCAGUCAGCGGCGUAAACGUUUGGUACGUGCACGUGGCACACCACGUUCACAUAAUUCCUCAUUGGACAAUCUGCUGGUCGAUUCGCAAUCCUUGCCUGCUGACUCACUCGAGCCGAGUCUUAUGCCAUCCACUGCCAGCGAUCUAUUAGACUCUUCCGAAUCGGAAGCAUUCGAUGACACUGUGCUGCAUGUAAGCAGUGGUGGCGAGAAGGCGUUCGAGAGCAAUUCUUCGGAUACGAUAAAACGUAAGAAGCAAGUGCGUAAGCGUCAUGACUCUUUGGAUGAGAAGAAGCUACAUGACUCUGCCGAGGAUGCUAGUAAAUCAGGUGGGGCAAAUGCUGAAUGUCGCACGCCCACACCCGGCUCAAUUAGCAGCGCACAAGCGAAAAAACAACAACAUCAUAGCCGUGAUAGCGGUUUUGUAGGAAGCAAUGAUGAUCUGCUUAAAUCUCCCGAAACCGAAUUGCCAACGACCAGUGCGGCAGUACGUUCUAAAUCGCCCACAGCGCUGGAACAGAUAGAAGAGGUCAAAGAAUCGCGACUAAACGCCACCAGUUCAACUAUCGUUUUACCCGAGGUGCGUAUAACAACACCGAAUGAUUCAACAACAACUCUGCAACCAGAUGGGCUUAUACUCAAGCCACCACUGCCACCCACAGCCAAUGCAAGUUUGGUACGAAAGGAUAGUUUCAACAACUGGAGCUCGGAUGAAGAGACCAACUUGAUGAUGUCAAAGAUGCGUCAGUUUUUCAAAACACUUGUGGUCGCCACUGCCAAUGCGCAGCAAAACUAUGGUUCUGCGAAUAAUUCAAAGGGUACAACACCCAAUCAAACCACACCUAUUUCUGUGCGACGCAUGAAGACAAGACCACAAUUAGCAUACUUCGAGAAUGAGCUUACACGCCUGAUGAAAACAGUGCCUGGCAUAAAUGACGAACAGGUACGUGAAAUCGUCGAAUACUUGAGCAGUGAGGAUACAUGGUCUGACUCAUGCGACUCUUCAGAUUAUACCAGCUCCGAUCUCGAAGGUAGCAAUCGUCGUAAAGGCGAAUUAAAGGAACAAAUCUCGGCAAGCUGUCAGCAAAUUAUAAACAAAUUUGAAAUAGAUGAGGAAGGCGAUCGUGGAGACGGUGGUCUACUUGAGGUAGACACGCAUGGACUGAAUCCGGACACAGCACUGGUAUAUCAGAAACUAGUAGCGUCAUUCUCAAAAAUAGCUGUAGGAAAUGCGAAUAAUACAACUACAACACAAGCCACGGUUGAGCUGCCUCCAGUUAGCACAGAGGACGUCGACACAAAGCGCACUGUGGAAGAAGAUCAAAUUUCAACCGGAAGCACACAAAGCGUAGAACGUUCUCCACAGCUGUUCGCCAAGGUAAUGCAACACAUCGGCACAAGGCUUGUCGCACUCAUGCACGAGGUAAAUAGUGGUAAUGAUUCACACGGCACCAAUUCACCAAUUGCGCCACAACGUAACCACCACAAACGGCUACAAGCAAAAAUAUCCAUUACUACCACGGAAGAUGAAGAAGAAAGCCCUUCGGAGAGUGGCGAUCAAGCAAAACCGACGCGCAACACACAUCAUACAACGCAACAACAUUUGUCGUAUCAACACCACCUACACCAAUCGCAUCAUCUGUCACAUCAAAUGAAAUCAAACAAAGCGCUACAGGACGAAGCAAACAAUCUCGCACGUAGCAAAUCACACGAUCUACUGCUCGACUCAGCCUCGACAUCGGCAGCAUGUAGCAGCGUAAGCGGUAGCAGUACAGGUGCAACACGUCCACACCACCACCAAUCGAGCAGCGGUGUCAGUGACACCGCCGGCGAGGAGUGUGGCGUCGCCAGCGAUUAUGAACGUUUCUCGUGGCGCGGUAGUUUUGAAUCGGCAUUACUGGCUAAUGGCGAUUCCAGAACGAAACUCAGUCAACUCGAUCGUGACAACUCAUCGUCUGCGUCCGCUUUGGCCGUUGCAAAGCGUCGUUCGGCAGGUGAUCUGUUGUUCAACCACAAGAGUAUGAGUCGCGAGCAACUAGAUCGUGUGCGCUCGUGCGGUAGUAUCGGUGGCGGCGAUGAAAGGCAUCAAGAACUGGAGGCAUCACCGGCUAAACCCUGGGUUACCUCUAAUGAUUGCAAGGAUGUGCGACGCUCGAGCGUGCCAGAUGCCAUCUACGAAUCGGAUUCCUCAGAUGAGGACACAUUCGGUGCGCGUUCAACAUUACCGCGUAGCCUAACCGGUGUUACGCAAGUGGCCAGCACCAACUCACUGCCACGUCUACCCACUACAAGUAUAGGCGCAACAGCUGCGACGAAUGUAAGCGCCAGCGCUGCACAAACUACAGUAGCCACAUCGACGCCGCUCACCAAAUCGCAAGGCGCACUCAAUUAUAGCUCCGGUGGUAGCGCGAAGAGCGCGCGUUAUCGUUCGCCGAGCUUGGCGAGUCGCGCCAGUGCAUCCUUGAGCGCGAAGAAGUCCAGCGCUAGUUUGGGUUUGCAGCAUUUCCUUUACUCCAAGCGUGAUGCGCGCAAGCGCUUGAAUAUGUCAGGCGAGGAGGCCAAAGCAGCCGCCGAGGAAUCCAACCAAUCGCCAGUUAUUGGCAAACGCAAUGAGUCCACAGCGAGUCCGAUACAGUCACGUGGCAGCGGCACAAGCGAAACAUGGCCAACGCAAUCGGAUGAGGAUAUCGAUCGUUUGGUGGCGAUGCAUCAAAAUCGCGAUAGCCUCAGUUCAUUGGGUCUACGCUCGGAUUCCAUGGCCAGCGUUUACUCUGGCGCCGGCGAGGGACGCUAUGGCACAGUGGUUGUCAAAGGUCAAGUUGAGUUCGGCAUGCAAUACAACUAUAAACUGGGCGCGCUGGAGAUACAUGUGGUGCGCUGCAAAGAUCUCGCUGCCGUCGAUGUGAAGCGUAAUCGCAGUGAUCCAUAUGUGAAGGUAUAUCUGCUGCCCGACAAAUCGAAGGCUGGCAAACGUAAAACCAAAGUCAAGAAGCACACACUGAAUCCGAUUUUCGAUGAAAUAUUACGUUUCCACAUGCCGAUCUCUAGCUUGGAGUCGCGCACUUUAUGGCUCACCGUCUGGCAUUCGGAUAUGUUUGGACGCAAUGAUUUUCUCGGUGAAGUUAGCGUGAGUUUGCAGGGCAAAGUAUUCGAUAAUCCACAAUCACAAUGGUAUCUACUGCAGGAGCGGAGUGAACCCUUUGAUGAGAUAGCCACGUAUCGCGGUGAUAUUGUUGUCGGCCUGAAGUAUAUACCACCAGAGAUGGUACGUCCCGGCUUUAUGCGUAGUGCCUCCACCAGCAGCGGUAGUUCAAAUCUGCGUAAAUUUGGUAGCAUCAAAUCGGUGGCGUCGCGCUCCGAUCGCUCGGCAAAAGGUGGUCAACUGCAUGUGCUCGUGAAGGAGGCGAAACAUUUGAGUCCGAUUAAAGUGAACGGCACUUGUGAUGCCUUCUGUAAAAGUUACUUGCUGCCCGAUCGUACGCGUAGCUCCAAACAAAAGACGCCAGUUGUGAAACGCUCAUUGCAUCCCACUUGGAAUUAUACUUUCAUCUAUGAGGACGUAUCGCUGGACGAUUUGUCCGAACGUGCACUCGAAUUAACGGUGUGGGAUCACGAUCGUUUGGCGAGUAAUGAGUUCCUUGGCGGUGUGCGCUUUUCACUAGGCACAGGCAAAAGCUACGGACGCUCCGUCGAAUGGAUGGAUGCAGCUGGCAAAGAGCUCUCACUGUGGCAAAAUAUGAUUGAUCGCCCGAACUUCUGGGUCGAAGGCAGUCUAAUAUUAAGAUCGACACUAGAUGGUAUACGUGCAAUACCAUAAAUGUAUUAGAAAGGCACACCCCCAGCACACCUAAAUAAAACUAUUUGUACCAGUACAAUUUGUAGCUGAGCGUUUAGUAAAAAACUUUUCAAUACUGAUGAAAAGUAAAAAAAAAAGUUGAAAAAUCUUAAAACAAAAGUGAAAAUUAAAUAUGCAACUCAAAGUUAGGCAAGACACAUUUACAUAUAUACAUUCAUAUAUUUCGUACAUAGAUGAAAACAUGCAUAUAUAUAUAUAUAUAUAUAUAUAUAUGUAUAUACGAGUAUAUAUAAAUAUAUACAUAUGUAGGCAAUAUAAUUGUAAGAAAUGUGUAGUUAAUAAUGAAUUUGUUCACCUAAGUUCCACAUUAAUCGUUUGCAACUGAAAAGCAUUAUAGCAUUUAGAAAAACUAUAAAAUGAAUUGUAGCGAAAGUGUAGAAAUUGUGUUUAAGUUUUGAGCAAAAAGCAAAAUAAAACCAUGAACCUAAGCAAGAAAGACAAUUAAAUUAAGCAUGCAUAGAUGCAUACAUACAAACAAACAAAUGUAAAAAUUUAGUAAUAAAAAAAAAUUAAACUAAUUUUAUAUAAAAUAAACGAAAUUAAAUUAAACUAAACAAAGUUGAACCAAGUUUGCAAAAAAAAAAAAAAAACAAAUAAUGGAAAAUUGGACUUGAUAAUGGAUAAAAGAAACAAAUUGAUAAUUGCGGCUUUUGGGAACGAUUUUGAAUACUCGAAUAUGAUGAAUGCGAAAGUAAUUUGAAUUUUAAUCAUUAGCAUUAAGCAAGGUGGCAACGCAAAAGUGAUGUAACUGUGAAAAUAAAAUUGUAUAAAAAACUGCUUAAAUCAAUUGUGACAAUUUGCAAAUAAAUAGAAAAGAAAACUGACAAAAAAGGCAAACACAAUGUUUAUUGAAGCAUUAUUAGUCAAGCCAAAAGCUAAGCUUGGAACAAGUUAUGUAUGCGAAAAGUAUUUACAAAUGCAUAUGUAACAAAAUAAGUUCAGAAAAUAUAUAGUAAAUACCAAAAUUUACUAAGUUUUACGAAAAUUGACAAAAGGCAACAAAAAUUAGUUUGCAAAACUCUAUAAAAAAAUUUUGUUUUCUAGAUUUUCAUAAUUAAAAAAAUAUUUCAAAUUCAAAACAAAAUUCGUUUUCUAAAUUUGCAAAAGUUUGUUGCAAUUGGCUACUACAGCAUUUCUAGAAAAUCGAAAAAUGAUAAACAUAUAACAAAUAUUUACAAAAAACAAAUGUAUCUAUAAGUAACACCACACAUCAUAUCAAAUGUGCAAAUCAAUAGCAAAUAAUUAUUCAAAAUUUGUAUUGCGCUGCACGUAAAAGCUUGCAAAUCAAAUUUGAAUAAUUUCAAA